AAAACGGUGCAGGUUAAGAAAUAACCAGAAAGGUCAUUAGCGCCAAAGAUUACUCCUGUCGAUAGGGUGGCGAUAUAUAGUAUCUACAGUAUCUCUCUGAGAUUGACAAAUCAAUUAUACUGAGCUAGUACUGUAAACUAUAAAGGGUCCUUAAACUGUAGUUCAUCUGCGCCUUGUGCUAGGUCAGAGUUAUCUCCACUUAUGUAGAGUGGUUAACAGGUUAUUAGACUUAUUAUAGAUAGCUGUUAAAACUAAACGAAACUAAUUUAACUAAAUUAGGUAGGACUUUGUAACAGGGUGCUAGCAGGAGAACGAACUUAAAUUUGCCAAAAGAAAAUUCAGUGUAACCGCUGAUUCAGUGUAACAGCCCAAUUAAGUUGCUUUUGAAUUACCCAACAACAUGGAAACUAAGGGCGCAUUUGGGAAUAAUGAACCAGCCAAAAUACAAGAAAGUUCUGUUCGUCUCUUGCCACAGCUUCCAAAGGUUCGGAAAAAGCCGCAAUGGCGAGACGCCAGCCCUACAUUUGUCCUACUGUCACCAGCCAAACGGGACUCCACGGAUGACGCUUUACACACCGUGGUUGCCGGCGCGCGGCCGAGCCGGACUGUGCGCCGUGGGGCGGAGGAGCGCAAGAGUCACACCGAGUCCUCCGUGAAUCACGCAAAGCCCAGCAAAGAGCGCGCACACUUCCGCCGCGCCCUCGUCAGCAUCAUACUGCAGCAGGAGCCUUCCACCGGGAAGAGCCUCACAGCUGCCAGCACGCCGCCUACCUGCGGUUCGCCCACAGCCGCAGAGAAGGACGCUUUGAGAUAUUACUACUACAUUCGAAAUGGGAUUGACACAGAGCAUGUGGCAACCAUGGAAGACUCCUGGAUGGAUAACAUCCUGAACCUGGUGCCAGGCCACCUAAAGAGGCUGACAAGGACCAUUGAGGUCCUCUCGGACGAGAUGAGGGAGGACUAUCUCCUUAGCGUUAAGAAAGCCAUAGUGGAUUUUGUGCUGUGGGACCCAAGAGAAAUUGAAGAAGGGAAGGUCAAAGAUCUCCUCCCUUAUAGAGAAGAAAUGGAGGUUGUGCCAAAGCCAUGGAAGAAGUCCUUCCAUCAAGCCCAGAAAAAGAUGAAAGAGAAUCUCCACUCCUUCAACCCCAGCAUGCUGUCUGUACUGGAGUUGUGGCAUGUCUCCUUCAGGAAGUUGCGGCUCAUCGACGUGAAUGAAUUCCACAUCAGACAGGAGUCCAUGGAACUGAGUGCCUUCCAGCACAUGGUCAGCAGCCAUGUUGAAUGUGCCAAAGAUGUUCUCCUGAAGAAGUGGUUUCCCGAGGUGCAGCACAUCUACUACCAGGGUAACAAGCGGAAGGUGCCUCGCAGCAGUGCCAGUCCGGCGUGCCUGCAGUCCUUCUACAACUGUGCAGGUGCUCUGAUGACCACCCAGCUCCAGAGCCUUGCUCUGGAGUCCAUCUUGGACUACACGCACCUUAUAGCUCAGGACCCACUUUCAGUCAGGGUCCACGAGCAUCCAGGCUUCAUUCUGCGACUGAUCUUAGAGCAGAAUGAGAUCAAGUUUGAACCUGAAUUCAAAGACUUUGAAAACAUCUUGCUGAAUGUCUACGAUACGAUGCUGAGGUCCGUCACCCUGGUGCCUCGAGUCGAGACAAAGCUUUAUUCAGAAUGGCCAGGCACAGAGGCAUACGCCACACUGAGACCCAUCGUGCUGCCCGAGAUCAUACAGGCCCACCAAGAGGAGGUCCAGCGGGUGAUCCGUGAGGAGAGCUCCGGACCCCUGGAGCACAUCCAUCUCUACGACAAGUACGCCCCGCUGGUGUCCCAGCAGGCUGUGCAGGAUGUGGACCAGUUCCUGUGCGAGCAACACUCCUUCCAGGAGAUGAUGAUGGAGGUAACACGCUACCAGCAGCUGGCUGAAGAGAUCCAGCACAACACCAGCAAGGUGGUACGACUCGGCAUGUUCGAAGUGCAUUCCCAUGAGCUGGUUGGUGCCCUGGUCAGGCGUGCACAGGGACUCCGUCAAAAGCUGGUGACCCACAUGCUGGAGGACCAGCAGAGGUUCAAUAAGAAAUUAUGUGAUGAGUUUGAGAAGAUUGCUGAGCAAGCCUUAAGAACUCCUUCAAACACACAGGAGCUAAUGACUCUUAAGUCUUUUGUGCAGAAGAUGGAGGCUGAGGAGGUCCCCAGGCUGGAGCUCCAGCUCAGGGAAGCGAAGGACCGCCUGUGCUUCCUGGUCGACUACGUCGUGUUCACCCCGACGGACAUGCGCCUGAAUCGACAGGCCUUCCAGUGGCGUGCGCGCAUGCCAUCCAUCUUCGACGAGCACCGACAGAUCACCAAGGACAAGACGGCGCAGUUUCAGGAAGGCCUCAAGUUACGGUGUGAGAGAUUUGUGGAAGAGCUGGAGAGCUAUGCCAAGCAAGUGGAGGAGUUUGUCAUUUUUGGGGACCUUUCUGAGCUCAGCAAGUAUCUCAAAAAGGCUCAGGCCCUGAACUCCAAGCUAGAGGCUGCUGUAGAGAAGAUCGAGGGCUUCAACUUGGAGGCAGAAGCGUUUGGGUGGCCUGUGUCCCAGUACCCGCAGCGCAAGAAGGUGCAGGACCAGCUGCUCCCCUACCUGCGCCUGUACCAGACAGCGUCCGAGUUCCAGACGGAGCACCACCAGUGGCUCCACGGGCCUCUUUCCUCUGUCAACCCGGACAAGGUGGAGGGAGACGUGGGCAACUACUGGCGGGCUAUCUACAAGCUGGAGAAGAGCUUCCAGGACUCACCCAGGGCCCUCCACAUCGCCACCCGCAUCAAAGCCGACAUCGAGGCUUUCAAGGAGCAUGUCCCGUUAGUGCAGGUGCUGUGUAAUCCAGGCCUGCGGGACCGCCACUGGGACGCCAUGUCAGCUGCUGUGGGCUUCCCGCUGAAGCCACCGGAGGACGUGGCAUGCAUGGCUCGCUUCCUGCCCCUAGGGCUAGACGAGCACCUGGCCAUCUUGGAGGGCAUCAGCGAGGCGGCCAGCAAGGAGCACUCGCUGGAGAAGGCCAUGGAGUGCAUGGCAGGAGAGUGGGCCGGCAUGGAGUUCAGCCUCGUGCCGUAUCGCGAGACGGGCACGUCCAUCCUGUCGGCCGUGGAUGACGUCCAGAUGCUGCUGGAUGACCACAUCGUAAAGACGCAGACCAUGCGUGGCUCGCCAUUCAUCAAGCCCUUCGAGACCGAGAUACGGGACUGGGAGGCCAAGCUGCUCCUGCUCCAGGAGAUUCUGGAUGAGUGGCUGAAGGUUCAGUCCACCUGGCUGUACCUGGAGCCCAUCUUCAGCUCUCCGGACAUCAUGGCCCAGAUGCCUGAGGAGGGCCGCCGCUUCACCACCAUAGACAAGACCUGGAGGGACAUCAUGAAGCAAGUUAGCCUGGACAAGCACGUCCUGGCCGUAGUGGCUAUUGAGAAGGUGCUGGAGAAGCUGAAAAGGAGCAAUGAGCUCCUGGAGCUGAUCUUGAAGGCGCUGAACGAGUACCUGGAAAAGAAGAGGCUCUUCUUCCCACGGUUCUUCUUCCUGUCCAAUGAUGAGCUGCUUGAGAUCCUUUCUGAGACAAAGGAUCCGACCAGGGUGCAGCCCCAUCUGAAGAAGUGCUUCGAGGGCAUAGCCAGCGUGGUGUUCACGGACGUGCUGGACAUCACGCACAUGAAGAGCAGCGAGGGUGAGGUGGUGGCGCUCCUGGACAUCAUCUCCACCUCCAAAGCUCGCGGCCAGGUGGAGAAGUGGCUCCUGGAGCUUGAGAACACCAUGCUCAAGUCCUUGCACAAGGUGAUAGGGGAGGCAAUUCAGGCAUACCCUGAAAACCCAAGGAUCAACUGGGUCAGAGCCUGGCCAGGCCAGACGGUGCUGUGUGUGUCGCAAGUGUACUGGACCAAACACAUUCAUGAUGCCAUUGCAGGAGGACCUCAGGCUCUUGAAGAGUACUUGCAUCAGAACAACACUCAGAUUGAUGACAUCGUGACACUGGUGCGUGGGAAGCUGUCCAAACAGAACCGUGUGACCCUUGGAGCUCUGGUGGUGCUGGAUGUGCACGCUCGUGACGUUCUCGCCUCACUUGUCCAGAAGGGUGUGGACGAUGAGAACAAUUUUGAGUGGCUUAGCCAGCUGCGCUACUACUGGAUAGAGAACCAGCUUCAGACCAAGAUGAUUAAUGCAGGCCUGCCUUAUGGUUAUGAAUACCUUGGUAACACACCACGUCUGGUCAUCACACCCCUCACUGAUCGCUGCUACAGAACCCUCUUUGGAGCAUUGCACCUGCAUCUGGGAGGGGCUCCAGAAGGCCCUGCUGGCACAGGGAAGACUGAGACCACCAAAGAUCUGGCCAAAGCUGUAGCCAAGCAGUGCGUGGUCUUCAACUGCUCUGAUGGCCUCGACUACAUUGCUCUGGGAAAAUUCUUCAAGGGUCUGCUGUCAUGUGGUGCGUGGGCGUGCUUUGACGAGUUCAACCGAAUCGACCUGGAAGUGCUGUCAGUGGUAGCCCAGCAAAUUCUCACCAUUCAAAGAGGUAUUGCGGCCCAUGCGGAGAUGCUGCUGUUUGAGGGCACGGAGCUGAGGCUGAACCCCACCUGCGCCGUAUUCAUCACCAUGAACCCCGGAUACGCAGGCCGCUCUGAGCUGCCCGACAACCUCAAGGCCCUGUUCCGAACUGUGGCCAUGAUGGUGCCGGAUUAUGCUUUGAUCGCCGAGAUCGUGUUGUACUCCUGUGGCUUCAUAACAGCCCGUCCACUUUCGGUGAAGAUCGUGGCCACAUACAGGCUAUGCUCUGAGCAGCUGUCCUCUCAGAGCCACUACGACUACGGCAUGAGGGCGGUCAAAUCUGUGUUGACUGCUGCAGGCAACCUGAAGCUGAAGUUUCCUGAGGAAAAUGAGGACAUUUUGCUGUUGAGAUCUAUCAUCGACGUUAACCUUCCAAAAUUUUUGGCCCAUGACCUGCCAUUGUUUGAGGGCAUCACCUUGGACCUGUUCCCUGGCAUCAGGCUACCCAAGCCUGACUACCACAUCCUACUGGAGGCCAUCAAGGAGAACAGUGAGAAGAUGAACCUGCAGGUGACCGACUUCUUCGCUGAGAAGAUCCUGCAGGUCUUUGAGAUGAUGAUCGUGCGUCACGGCUUCAUGCUUGUGGGGGAGCCGUUCGGAGGCAAGACCAGCACGUACCGGGUGCUGGCGGCCGCGUUGCACGAUGUCUGUGAGAAGGGCCUGAUGGAUGAGAACAGAGUGCAAAUCACUGUGAUAAACCCGAAGGCGGUCACCAUGGGCCAGCUCUACGGCCAGUUCGACCCCGUCUCUCACGAGUGGUCCGAUGGCAUCCUGGCCAUCAGCUACAGAGUCUUCGCCACAUCACAGACUCCAGACAGGAAGUGGCUGAUAUUCGACGGCCCAGUCGAUGCGGUGUGGAUUGAGAACAUGAACACGGUGCUGGAUGACAAUAAGAAGCUGUGUCUGAUGAGUGGAGAGAUCAUCCAGAUGUCGCCGCAGAUGAGCCUCAUCUUCGAACCCAUGGACCUGGAAGUGGCUUCACCUGCCACGGUGUCUCGCUGUGGUAUGAUCUACAUGGAGCCACACAUGCUGGGCUGGAGGUCACUGCUUCUCUCCUGGCUCAACACUCUCCCCUCCGCACUGAGCGGCAUGCACAAAGACCUCAUCACGGGCCUCUUCGACCGCAUGGUCCCCGCCUGCCUGCAGCUCAUCCGCAAAGGAACCAAGGAGUUGUCUCCGACAUCGGACACAAAUCUGGUGCGUUCCCUGAUGAACCUGAUGGACUGCAUGAUGGAUGAGUUCCAGGAGGAGAGCCAGAUGAAAGGCAUGAGCCAGAGAGACGUGUGUUCCUGGCUGGAGGGUAUUUUCAUCUUCUCUCUGGUGUGGUCGGUGGGCGCCAGCUGCUCAGAACCCGGCCGGGGGAAGUUUGACAGCCUGGUGAGGGAGAUGCUAACAGGCGCACUAACCGAGGAGACACGGACACGCCACGGUAUCCUGGAGCACGUGGAACCCCCUACCAAGCAGCUAAGCGUGCCCUUACCCACAGAGGGCACGCUCUAUGAGUACCACUUUGUCAAAGAGGGUCCAGGAAGGUGGGCGCUGUGGACCGACGAGCUGUUGCAGGCUCCACCCAUCCCCAGGGACGCACAGUUCAACGAGAUCAUCGUGCCAACGGAAGACACCGUACGCUACACAGCACUGAUGGAGCUACUGGUCACGCACCAGAAGCCUACUAUCUUCGUGGGGCCUACGGGAACUGGCAAGAGUGUGUACAUCAUUGACUUCUUGUUGAAACAUCUGAACAAGGACGUGUACCACCCUCUGUUAAUCAACUUCUCAGCCCAGACCACAGCUGUCCAGACCCAGAACAUCAUCAUGUCCAAGCUGGAUAAGAGACGGAAAGGAGUGUUUGGCCCGCCUCUGAGAAAGAGAAUGGUGGUGUUUGUGGACGAUGUGAACAUGCCGGCGAGGGAGACAUAUGGCGCACAGCCACCAGUAGAGCUGCUGCGUCAGUGGCUGGACCACUGGAACUGGUACGACACCAAGGACUGCUCAGUCAUUAACCUGGUGGACGUUCAGAUCAUGUGUGCCAUGGGGCCUCCUGGAGGGGGGCGGAACCCAGUCACACCUCGAUUCCUCCGUCACUUUAACAUGGUGACAAUCAACGAGUUUGAUGAAAAGACCAUGUACACCAUUUUCUCUAGGAUUCUGACCUGGCACCUGAUCAUACGACUCCCCUUCCCUAAACACUUUGCCAGCCUCAGCUCCCAGAUAGUUGCUGCUACCAUGGCAGUGUAUCAGGAGGCCACUAAGAACCUGCUGCCCACUCCCGCCAAGUCCCACUACCUCUUCAACCUGCGAGAUUUCUCCCGGGUCAUCCAGGGCGUUUGCUUAUCUCGCCCAGAGACAGCAGAUGACCCUAAAGCUAUCAAACGCUUAUGGGUACAUGAGGUGCAGAGAGUUUACUAUGACCGAUUGGUCCACCCAUCUGACCGCACUUGGAUGGUGGACUUCCUGCAGGAGGUCUGCCAGUCCCACCUUAAGGAGGACUUCCAUCAGCUUUUCCAGCAUCUGGACUUUGAUUCAGAUGGCCGCGUGAAUGAAGACGACCUGCGCAGCCUCAUGUUCUGUGACUUCCAUGACCCCAAGGGCGUAGACCACAACUACCGGGAGGUGAGCGACCUGGACCAGCUUCGGCAGGUGGUGGAGUCCCACCUGGAGGAGUACAACAAUGUCAGCAAGGCGCCCAUGAACCUUGUGCUGUUCCGCUUUGCUAUCGAGCACGUCUGCAGGGUCUCCCGCGUGCUUAAGCAGCCCCGGGGUCACGCAUUGUUGGUUGGCGUUGGUGGGAGCGGUCGGCAGUCCCUCACCCGCCUAGCCGCUCACAUGGCCGAAGCAGAGCUCUUCCAGGUGGAGAUCUCCAAAAGCUAUGGACUGACGGAGUGGCGCGAUGACCUGAAGCUCAUCCUGCGGAAGUCCACGACCGGCGACACGCAUGCUGUCUUCCUCUUCACCGACACCCAGAUCAAGAUGGAAUCUUUCCUGGAAGACGUCAGCAACCUGCUGAACUUGGGCGAGGUUCCCAACCUCUUCGCUGUGGACGAGAAGCAGGAGAUCUGCGAGCGCAUGCGGGUGCUGGACCGGCAGCGAGAGCGGGAGCAGCAGACGGACGGCAGCCCACUGGCUCUCUUCAACAUGUUCCUGGAGCGCUGCCGCAGCCAGCUGCACGUGGUGUUGGCCAUGAGUCCCAUUGGAGAUACCUUCAGAGGCCGCCUAAGGCGCUUCCCUGCCCUCAUCAACUGCUGCACUAUAGACUGGUUCCAGAGCUGGCCCACAGACGCGCUCCAGGCUGUGGCUUCACGCUUCUUGGAGGACAUUGAGAUGAAAGAUGUCACUCGUUCUGGCUGCAUCGACAUGUGUCAGAGCUUCCACACCUCCACCAUCGAGUUGUCGGAGCGCUUCCUCACCGAGCUGCAGCGCCACAACUACGUCACCCCCACCUCCUACCUGGAGCUCAUCUCCACCUUCAAAGUUCUACUGCAGCGCAAACGAGCUGAGGUGAUGAAGCUGAAGCGGAGGUACGAGGUCGGUCUGGAGAAGCUGGAGUCAGCCUCCGCCCAGGUGGCCACUAUGCAGGUGGAGCUGGAGGCUCUGCAGCCUCAGCUCCGCGUGGCCAGCAAAGAGGUGGAAGAGAUGAUGGUGGUGAUUGAGCGUGAGUCCGUGGAGGUGGCCAAGACGGAGAAGGUUGUGCGGGUGGAUGAAGCAGUGGCCAACGAGCAGGCCACGGCCGCCAAGGCCAUCAAAGAUGAGUGUGAUGCAGACCUGGCCGUCGCUUUGCCCAUCCUGCAGUCAGCUCUGGCCGCCCUUGACACACUCACACCUCAGGACAUCACAGUGGUGAAAUCUAUGAAGAGUCCUCCGGCUGGAGUUAAACUAGUGAUGGAGGCUAUUUGCAUCCUGAAAGGUAUGAAACCUGACCGGGUUCCCGAUCCGUCUGGCUCCGGCAAAAAGGUGGAGGACUUCUGGGGCCCGGCCAAGAAGCUCCUGGGUGACAUGAAGUUCCUGCAGAGUCUGCACGAAUACAACAAGGACAACAUCCCACCAGCUAACAUGGCCAUUAUACGCAACAAAUACAUCACCAAUCCCGACUUUGUGCCGGAGAAGAUCCGCACGGCUUCCACCGCUGCAGAAGGACUCUGCAAGUGGGUCUGCGCUAUGGACUCCUACGACAAAGUUGCAAAAGUUGUGGCCCCCAAGAAAGAAAAGUUGGCCCAGGCGGAGUCGGAGCUGAAGGUGGCGAUGGAUGGCCUGCGGAAGAAACAGGCCGCUUUGAAAGAGGUCCAGGAUAAACUCGCCAAGCUGCAGGAGACCCUGGAGGCCAACAAGAACAAGAAGGCAGACCUAGAGAACCAGGUGGAACUGUGUAGUAAGAAGCUGGAGCGGGCAGAGCAGUUGAUUGGUGGGCUGGGAGGCGAAAGGAGCCGCUGGAGCGAGACUGCACUGAACCUGGGCGAGCUCUACAGCAACCUGACUGGCGACGUCCUCAUCUCAGCUGCCAUAGUAGCCUAUCUGGGAGCUUUCACCUCCAGUUAUAGACAGAGUGCUACAGACGAUUGGAUUGAGUUGUGUAAGGCCACACAGAUCCCCUGCUCCAAGAACAUGUCCCUAAUGCAGUCUCUGGGAGAGCCUGUGAAGAUCCGGAGCUGGACCAUCGCUGGCCUGCCCUCAGACAGCUUCUCCAUUGAUAAUGGCAUCAUCAUCUCAAAUGCACGGAGAUGGCCACUGAUGAUCGACCCUCAGGGCCAGGCCAACAAGUGGGUGAAAAGAAUGGAGAAGUCCAACAGCUUGCACAUCAUCAAGCUCAGUGACGGGGACUUCGUGCGAACGCUUGAGAACUGCAUUCAGUUUGGUACUCCAGUGUUGCUUGAGAAUGUUGGGGAGGAGCUGGACCCCAUUCUUGAGCCCUUGCUGCUGAAGCAGACUUUUAAACAGGGCGGAAGUGUAUGCAUCCGCCUGGGGGACAACACCCUAGAGUACGCACCAGAUUUCCGCUUCUACAUCACCACCAAACUGCGCAACCCACACUAUCUACCAGAGACCUCAGUCAAAGUGACGCUUCUGAACUUCAUGAUCACUCCGGAGGGGAUGCAGGACCAGCUCCUGGGCAUUGUGGUGGCCCGUGAGAGGCCGGACCUGGAGGAGGAGAAGCAGGCACUCAUCCUGCAGGGAGCAGAGAACAAACGGCAGCUGCAGGAGAUUGAGGACAAGAUCCUGGAGGUCCUCUCCUCAUCCAAGGGAAACAUCCUGGAGGAUGAGACGGCCGUGCAGAUCCUCUCCUCCUCAAAAGUGCUGGCCAACGAAAUCUCGGAGAAGCAGGCCGUUGCUGAGGUGACAGAGCGCAAGAUCGAUGAGACGCGCAUGGGAUACACGCCUGUUGCUGUCCACUCGGCCAUCCUGUUUUUCUCCAUCGCUGACCUGGCCAACAUCGAGCCCAUGUACCAGUAUUCCCUUAGCUGGUUCAUCAACCUCUUCAUCCUCUCCAUCGACAACUCAGACAAGAGUGAUGUACUGGAGCAGAGACUGCAGAUUCUGAGGGACCACUUCACCUACUCGCUGUAUGUGAAUGUCUGCCGAUCACUCUUCGAGAAAGACAAGCUUCUCUUCUCCUUUAGCCUCAAUGUCAAUCUGCUCAAACAUGACAAGCUCAUUGAUGAAAGAGAGUGGUGUUUCCUGCUGACGGGCGGUGUAGGCUUGGAUAACUCUCACUCCAACCCCUGUAAUUGGCUUCCCACUAAGGCCUGGGAUGAGAUCUGUCGUCUGGAUGAGUUGGAGAGCUUCAGGGGCCUGCGCAGGGAUCUGGGCUGCCUCAAAGACGGCUGGAAAGAUGUCUACGACAGCAAGGAUCCACACCACACAUGCUUCCCUGGGGAGUGGCAGGACAAACUGGGGCAGUUUCAGAGAAUGCUGGUGAUUCGCUGCCUGAGACCAGACAAGGUCAUACCCAUGGUGCAGGAGUUUGUGUCAGGCAGCCUGGGUGUUCAGUUUAUCGAAGUCCCCCCCUUUAACUUGGGUAAAGCUUUCGGGGACAGUCACUGCUGCGCCCCCCUCAUCUUCAUCCUCUCACCAGGGUCUGACCCCAUGGCAGCACUACUCAAGUUUGGUGAUGAACAGGGAUUCUCAGGAAACAAGCUGACCUCACUGUCCCUGGGUCAAGGCCAGGGUCCCAUCGCUAUGAACAUGAUUGAGACAGGUGUGAAGGAGGGCACCUGGGUGGUCCUGCAGAACUGCCACCUGGCCACAUCCUGGAUGGCCACUUUGGAACGAGUAUGUGAGGAACUUAAUCCGGACACCACUCACCCAGACUUUCGUCUGUGGCUCACCAGUUACCCCUCACCCAGCUUCCCCGUGGCUGUCCUGCAAAACGGUGUCAAAAUGACUAACGAGGCCCCCAAGGGCCUACGCUCCAACAUCAUUGGCUCCCUCUACAUGGACCCCAUCUCCGACCCUGAGUUCUUCAACAGUAGCUCCAAACCAGGUGUCUUUAAGAAGCUGCUGUAUGGCCUUUGCUUCUUCCAUGCCCUGAUCCAGGAGCGGAGGAAGUUUGGCCCUUUGGGCUGGAACAUCCCCUAUGAGUUCAACGAGACCGACCUGCGCAUCUCUGUCCAACAGCUACACAUGUUCCUCGACCAGUAUGACGAGGUGCCCUUUGACGCACUCCACUACAUGACGGGAGAGUGUAACUACGGAGGUCGAGUUACAGACGACUGGGACCGCAGGACCCUACACACCAUCCUCUCCAUCUUCUACACAGCCUCCGUCCUUGAAGAUCCCCACUACAAGUUUGACCCCAGUGGCAUUUACUACUCACCACCGGAAGGGGCUUAUAGCAGCUACAUUGAAUACACCAAGUCUCUGCCCCUGUACCCCUCGCCGGACAUCUUUGGCAUGAAUGCCAAUGCAGACAUCACCAAGGACCAGGUGGAGACGCAGCUCCUGUUCGACAGCAUCCUGCUCACGCAGUCUCGCAUGUCCGGCGGAGAUGCCAAGUCUACUGAUGACUUGGUGUGCGAGGUGGCAGCCGACAUUCUGAGCAAACUGCCGGCCAGCUUCGACACGGAGGCAGCUGCCCGCCGCUUCCCCACCAGCUACAGCCAGAGCAUGAACACGGUGCUAGUACAGGAGAUGGGCCGCUUCAACGGGCUGCUGUACACCGUCCGCCACUCCUGUGGCAGCAUCCAGAGGGCCAUCAAGGGUCUGGUGGUGAUGUCUGCAGAGCUAGAGGAGGUGGUGACGAGCAUCCUGAAGGGGCGCGUCCCUGGCAUGUGGAUGAAGAAGUCUUACCCUAGUCUGAAGCCACUGGGAGGCUACAUCAGUGACUUCCUGGACAGGCUCAAGUUUUUACAGGCAUGGUACGAGAACGGGACGCCCGCCGUGUUCUGGAUCUCUGGCUUUUUCUUCACCCAGGCCUUCCUGACAGGAGGUCAGCAGAACUACGCACGCAAACACUCAAUCCCUAUCGACCUGCUGGGCUUUGACUUCCAGGUCAUGGACGACACGGAGUACAAGCAGCCUCCCGAGGACGGGGUCUACAUACGAGGCUUGUUCCUGGAUGGGGCUCGGUGGGACAGAACAACAAAGCUCCUGGCAGAGUCCUACCCCAAAGCCCUACAUGACACCAUGCCAGUGAUUUGGCUGAAGCCCAUGAAGAAGCAGGACAUCCCCCAGCAGCUGUGCUACAUCUCUCCUGUGUAUAAGACCAGUGAGAGACGUGGAACCCUGUCGACCACAGGCCACUCCACAAACUAUGUCAUCGCUAUGACCCUCAGUUCCGCCGUGCCUCCUGAGCACUGGAUCCGUCGUGGUGUAGCACUGCUGUGUCAGCUAAACUCCUAGCCUCCUUAGCUCUGUUCAUUACAUACAACUGUUAACAGUUCCCUCCUCAACACUGCAUUAAACACUAUCAAUACCUCCGUCCUCAACACUGUAUUAAACACUAUUAUUAAUACUGCUAGCUAUCCUUUCAUAACACCAUGCAUUAAACAACCUUAUUAAUACUGUUACAACCUAUCAUUUCUGAAGUAUUUUACUGCAUAUGGACCUAUGAAUCUAUAACAUUCAUUAUAAUGUUAAUUAUACUUGGGAUAUCCAAUCGGUCUCCUCCGGGCUCUCUUUUUUCCUUUGUUCAUUUCCUGGUCCUUUACCAGAAGCCAGGGAGCUUCCUGUGUAGCAAUAUCUUGGCUGUUCCCAGGACUGCCUUCUUCUGGAUGGAGAUCUGGGAUGUUGUACCUGGGAUCUGUCAGAGCCAUUCUUCCAGUUUCCCAGUUUGGGGGUCACAGACUCCGAUUACUACUGGAGCAUCUUUUUCAGGUCUUCUCUCAGCUCUUGGUAUUUCUCAGGCUUUUUGUGUUCCUUGUUCCUGAUGUUGCUAUCUCUUUGGAUUGCUACAUGUAUCACUAUGGCCCUCUUCUGUUGUUUUGCACUACUGUGUCUGGCUGGUUAGGCAUUACCAUUUUGUCUGUCUGUAUCUAGAAGCCCCCAGGAUAAUUCUCCACCACCUUCGGGGUGCAUCCCACUUUUACCUCAGAGGUUACAACCCAUACAGUUGUUUCUGUAUACUGUGCCAGGUUAUGGCAUUGGAGAUAUAGAUAUAUAUAUAUAAAAUAAUGGCAAACAUGCACUUUAGACAAAACAGGUACUUAAUGUCUUGCAUAUUGUACAAUGAGAACUGAUCUGAGGUCUGUUAGGCUGACAUUGACAAACUGUGACUAAUGACUUGCAGCUUACAUAAAAUCACUGUAACAAAGGAAUGACUUUUUGCAACCUUUAUUUUCCUCUUUUGAUGGGGGAAUGCACACAAUCAGCAAGAAUGGCAAAUGUGGUGAGAACAUUUAUACACCCAAGUUUUGUUAACAGAAGCAAUUAUUGAGAAAAAAAGGACAAACUAAAUGAAACCAGACCAAUACUUGGUCUUGGAGGUAAACCCUGGGGCAAACAGCUGCUCAGUGAAAAACUAGCUGUCCAACCUCAAGUGCAAACUCAAACAUAAACAUCCAUUUUACUCUGCAACAUCCUUGGGCAGCUCAUCGUCUUUUCAUUAUGUUCUACAAGUCUGUUUAACCUAACCACAUUUACCUUUUUGGAUUAAUCUGCAUCUGGAAUCUCACUGACAUUUUCUGAAUCUUAGGCACUGAAAUCAUGAGAUUAUGUUUAGAUCACUGCACCAAAGAAAAGUAGACCUCACAGGCUUUAUUGUUCCAAGUUACACAAAUAAUGAAAAGUAAAAUUAAAAUGAACCAAAUGUUUAAACACUCAGUGUUAGCCUUCCUCCAUUUAGCAGCAGAAUGUAAAAUAGAAAGUAUUCCAUUUACCUCACGAAAAUUCUGAUCAAAUUAAGCACAUCUGAUGUACGAGACUGACCAAGAUCUACACUGAAGUGAAUGAAUAAAUGGAUGUCACACAGUGACAGGAUAAGUGCAAGUGGCACAGAUUAAGGUGCCUGCCAACCCUAGCCGGUGUGCAACAACCUCAUUGUGCUCAGCCAACGGAAUGUCUGCAGGCAUCUAGAGGUGCAGUCAGUGCAUGAGCACAAACCAGUCCCACCAGCCUGGGAGUGACGAGGUGGGCACCAGUCACACAGGCAAGUCAAAUGUUAAAUGUGUCGUCAGUGGGACAAAAUUAAUAGGGAAUGUUACAUUGUUUUGAAUACAAGUUGUCAAACAUCUACACAAGUGAAAAUUAGGUCAAUUAUUCAAAGAUUAAGUGAAAUUGGAUUUUCUCAACAAGAUCCGUUUUAAGGAACAUUUUCUUAGAUUGUCAAAGUAAAUGUCAAAAUGUGUAACUAAACAACAAACCUCUGGAAUCUGAGAAGUGACUUUUUGAAUUGUCACAUGGUCAGCUAAAAUGUCAGUCAUUUACUCCAGCAAUGCACCCUGUGUAUGUAGCAAUAUUUUGCUAUUGUAUACGGCUGACGAUGUUUUAAACAGCUGAAAAUCAAACCCUUAAAACAAGGAAUCAUGAUUCCAAUAAUUACAGUUGUAAAAAAGUAUAGGAUGGAAAAAAAUUCAUUAGACAAUGUUUUUUGAAACCAAAUGUACAGCAUAAGUAUAAGCAAUCAAAAACGUUUUCAAAAUGUACAGUAUGUUAAGUAUGAGCAAUCAUAAACUGACAUUUUGUGUAUUGAUAUUUUCUGGCAAACCUAAUUAAUGCAAUACACUAGAAUUACACGAAUCACUACAACUUGUACAGCAGUAACUUCACCUUGCCCCUAGAUUGUUCAAGUCUGUAUGUAUCACAUUAUAAUUAACACUGUGUGCUUUCACUUAAUACUCAGACUCACCAAGGGUCAAAAACAAUGGUUUGUUUGUUUCAACAGAAAAGUAAGAAAACACAAAGUGUGAUGAAUGUAGUGUGCACAUCAUGUCUACAGCUAGGAAUAGUACACGGAUAUUACAGCAUGAUGGAAACGGGGAAGACGGAUGGUAGCAGCCAUUGCUGGUACACGCGCUAACUAAUGAAACACUCCCUAAACAGCACCAGGUUCUUCGGCACCAGGCACAAAAUGGCUGCCAAUAGUUACCGGUACAGUCCAGAAGCCCCGCUGGGCUGCUCUCAGAAUCCUUUACAACAAGGUGAGCUCAUAAAGCUAUGGGCUGUGGGUCAGCACCACAACGGCAGGACAACACCAGACGUAGCACAACAGGACAUCAUAUUUUCUCAUGAAUGGGCUUUGGUUCAGAGGUCAUGCCACAAGUGUGCUGUGAAUAGCAGAGCUAAACACGAUUCUACUGGCUAUACAACUCAGCACGCAG